UAGCAUGGUACAUGGCAAGGUAGAUCUAACAGGUAACCGCAUCGGCGAAUUGCUACAACAAAGCAACUUUUGUGGUCCCCUCAAAUGUCAAAAUUGGCAUCUAAGGCGAAAAACAUAGAUUCGCCAUGACAUUUAAAAGUUGCGGCAAAUUUGUUUCAACCAAUCAGAAACGAGGUGUUUGUUUACAUUUUAUUUUGUGUCCCUCUCGUCGUAAACGAACGUCGCAAUAAAAGUUUUUAUUGUAAAACAAAUAAGAGUAAAAUAAGUAUUAAUUGUAGUAUUGCGAUUUUUUUAAACAAAGAAACUUAUAAUGACUAUAUUUUACUGGUUUAAACCGAAAGUUUUCCGGAACUGCAAAUGACAAGAGUCUAAUUCUUGCACUACUUCCCGUGGCGGCUUUGGUGGGAAAAUCCAUACCUCAUGAACACUUGGAACGCAUUAAUGGCGAACUUGAAAGUGAUGUUAUGAUUAGAGCGAUCCAUGAUGUCAAGGGUAUUGAUAUGGGAAAUUCAUUGGUAAGAUAUAAGGCUGAAAUGGAUUUUGAUGGCAGAGAAUUGACACGAUCUUAUUUGGAUAAACAAGAUCUCAACGAAUUGCUAAAGGUUGUCAAGUCAUUCCAAUCAACCGAAGAAUUGGAACAAUUCUUAUUAAAUCAUGGAGAAAAUAUUGUCGAUUUAAUGGGCGGUGAAAUCGAUCGCAUUGAAAUGAAGCUUAGGAAAAAAUUCCCUGAAAUCCGUCACUGUGAUUUGGAGAUACUUUAAGCUAUUUAUAAUAUUUUGUAAACUCCUACAGAGUUUACAAUUUACGGCUCCUUAGCAUUAUUUAUCUAUCAAUGGCUGUAAGCGUAGAGUUCUUUAAGAGAAAAACAAAUUUCUGUCUAUACUCCGAGUUUGUGUUCCGAAAUCCUUGUGCGGAAAAAUUUAUAUGAUUUAAAUUAUUGAUAUUUAAACAAAAAGAAAUUGUUGCAUAUACAUAUUUUUGUUUUCUGCUAAAAGAAGUUACAAAUUAUUCUAAUCGAUUUUAAAUUAACUUGCAACUCCACAAGUGCAAGUUAAUUUUAAAAUCUCUAGAUUAUAUAUUUAUUUUACAUUAGAUGUGUUUUUUGUAUAUCUAAAGCUUGAAAAGUUUCAUGUUUGUAUAAAAAAAGAAAAUAAUUUAAUAAACAAAAAAUAAAUAAAUAUAGGAUUAUAUGAAGUUUUAA